AUGUCAAUCAAAGUGACCGGAUACCGGGAAUACAAAGGUCCGGAUGAUCAGCCAUCGAUCCUGACGAUCAUAUUUCAACUUUAUUCACUAGUCCAAGGGAACGCUAAUCAGAAAGCAAAGAGGCGGAGGACCCAAGUCAGGUUAGCACAGCGUGCGUAUCGUUCACGAAAGGAGGCUGAGCUACAGGCACUGAAGACUCGGGCUCAUGAACUGGAAAUGCUCAUCGAACGAAUGAAUGAGAAAUUUAUUUCCUUCACCGACGAUCUGAUCAAAUCCGGCAUGCUCUCAAAACGUCCAGAUGUUGCGUGGAGUCUCCACCAAACCAUAGCGCAAUCUCUAUUUCUUGCAAAUCAAGUCGUUUCUGUGGCAGCAGAUGACGCUGAUCCCCUCGAUGUUGAGAGAAAUGUGCCAGAGACAAGAGCGAGCGGAGCGGACAUUGAUGCGACCGAAGGGGAUAUAUAUAAUGCCAAUGAUACAUACGAUUACGCCAGGAUCCCUCUUCCUGAUAUCCAAGAGCUUACUGCACAGGUUCGGCGAGAAGAUAGCAGCCAAGACCCCUUCGCAGUGACUCAGGGAUAUGACCCUGCAGUACCGGAUAUACCGAUACAAGCCACACGCCCUCGCCCAACGCCGCUGUCCCUCAAUAGCCCGCUGCCUAACACGCAUACUCUGGAACGAGCAAGUUUUGCCCGGCGACUCUAUCGUGCAUGUGUCGAACAAGGACAUCAGUGUCUAACGAAUCCGUCGCACCACUUCGAGGAACUUGCGUACAAAUUCAGACUUUCGAUGAAGCUCUUUCCACUACAACAUAUCAUAGCGCACUUCGAGGAAUUUUUAAGCGGUAGACAUCACGAAGCCAUCAUGGAGCUGAAUGUUCCCUUCAUCAGUAUUGGUGGUGCAGGGACGCAUUUUCAACACCAGCAGAGAGGCUAUCUUGCCGACAAUACUUCGUUCCAGCCGAGCAUGAUACAGGUUGCGGCAGAACAAGUUGACCCUGAUAUGCGAGGUGACUGGUUUGAUUGUUAUGAUGUGGAAGGAUAUCUGGAGGAGUGCAGAAUCGUCCCCGUUCAGGGUCUUCCGCUGGCAAAGAUGAAGUUUCCGAAUUUUCCGGGCUUGGAGCGUGACCGUAGCCAUCAACAAAUCUCCGGUUUAAACGCCCCCCAACAUUCUGGGAGCCAAAAGAUCAUUGACGAAAUUACAUUGAUCCAACAGCCCCCGGCUUUCCUCGCGCUACUGUCGAAUCUUUCACAAGUAAAUUCUCAGCGUAUUACUCAAGCUAGCUUUGAGUAUCCGUAUAUGCACAGGCGACCAAUCGCGCGUUCUAGUGUUCCCAACUAUAUCAUAGUCUCUGGCCUCUUGCGGUAUUGGAAUUGCUGCCCAACUGCAGAAAGCUCUGCAUCUAUAAUCCAAAUCCCGCGUCCGAGUGAUUGUGAAUUUCGUUUACAACAAAAUGGAUUUACCAAAUGGCUGCCAUUUUGGGCGUCGAAGGACGCCUUUUCCGGCAGCAAAUUCGUAGCAUGUGACCCGCCCCUUCCGUUACGCCCCGGAGUUGUACUCCUAGAGGCCAUCAAGCCAACCUCGAAAACUAGCCGUUUACUUGGUAGGACAGAACUCAGUGGCCCACUAGCAGACCAAAUUGAGUGGCUUGGCAAGGAUAUGGACAAAAUACCUCUGAGCAAACUGGAAAAAAAACGGGUCGCAACAUUACAUGAUCUUGGCAUCAUCCACAAUGGCAUUCGCAACGAUAGUUUCCGAUUGCCAGACGACCUCCAGGAUAUGGUUCUUUACGACUUUUCAUCCUCAUAA